CUCUUUCGUACGUGCGUCUUCUUGAACUUUUUUUUUCAUAAAAUCGUCCUCUCUUUCACACGCAUUCAACUUAGUGACCGUACAACGGCAGCUCUCCCGCAAUUUAGGGCUUUUAUUCCUUUGCCUUCAGCAAACCUCAAAUCUUCGAUAGUGCAUCAGUACCUCAUCAUUUUGAUUUCUCUGUUCUUAUCCAACAUCGGAUCGAAUCGUAUAGAAUCCUCCUCGUGUCUGUUUUAAAUGGCAGUUUUCGUUUCGAAGUAAUGGAUGGGGUUCAUGGAAACACUAACACAGCAGUGUCAACUACGCCCACUAGCUCAGCUGCGAGCUCGAAUACUCCGCCCCCCUUUCUUAGCAAGACCUAUGACAUGGUCGAUGAUCCGUCUACGGAUUCGAUAGUUUCUUGGAGCCCUGGCAACAACAGCUUCGUUGUUUGGAAUCCGCCUGAAUUCGCCAGGGAUCUUUUGCCCAAAUAUUUCAAGCACAACAACUUCUCCAGUUUCGUCAGACAGUUGAACACAUACGGCUUCAGGAAGGUUGAUCCAGACCGAUGGGAAUUUGCAAAUGAGGGGUUUCUAAGAGGGAAAAAACAUUUGUUGAAGAGUAUUAAUAGGCGAAAACCAUCCCACGGACAUAACCAACAUCAACAGCCUCAGGGACAGAGUUCUUCUGUUGGAGCAUGUGUUGAGGUGGGGAAGUUUGGGCUUGGGGAAGAGGUUGAGAGACUCAAGAGGGACAAAAAUGUGCUUAUGCAGGAGCUGGUUAGGCUGAGGCAGCAGCAACAGGCAACUGAUCACCAGUUGCAGACCAUGGGGCAACGCCUUCAGGGAAUGGAGCAGCGGCAGCAGCAAAUGAUGUCAUUCCUGGCGAAGGCCAUGCAGAGCUCUGGUUUCUUAGCCCAGUUGGUGCAGCAGCAGAAUGAGAGCAAUAGGCGUAUAGCUGGAGUGAACAAAAAACGGAGACUCCCCAAACAGGAAGAUAACUCGGAGGUUGAGCAUGCUGCGGCUCCUGAUGGACAGAUUGUAAAAUUCCAGCCUCUGAUGAAUGAGGCAGCAAAAGCAAUGUUCAGGCAGAUUCUGAAGCUUGAUGCUUCUCCCAGGCUGGAAUCUCCAAGCAGCAAUCCUGAUAGUUUCUUGAUCGAUGAUGUAGCCUCACCAUCCAGUGCGUUAGACAGUGGCAGCACUUCAAAUAGGAUCUCAGGGGUGACUCUCUCAGAAGUCCAGCCCACUUCUGGACACUCGUAUUUGCCACUAACCACCUCGGGUUUUCCAGAAAUAUGCCCUUCACCUGCCAUAUCUGAGAUCCAAUCAACUCCUUUAGGGGAAGACAUGCUUACUACAACAGCUCCAUUCUCAGAUAUGAGUGCUCUGGGUGGGGUGCAAGACGGGCCCAGUGUACGAAGCCAAACAGACAUGGUUAUGCCCGAGUUCACACACAUUCCAGGAAUAGUGGCAGAUACUGAUGUUGAUAUUACCGGUGCAAGUUUAGUUGGGAAUGAGACUGGCAAUGGUGGGUUCAUGGAUCUAAUGUCUGUUGUGGUAGAUGUGACAAUACCUAUGGAACGUGACAAGUUCUCACCUGACCCGGAUAUAGAUAUUUUGCUUGAUGGGAUUUCUAAGCUUCCAGGUAUAAAUGAUGCCUUUUGGGAGCAGUUUCUCGCUGCGAGCCCGGUUUCUGGUGAGACGGAUGAGAUUGACUUGGGCACAUCUGAAGCUGCUAACAAGGAGAAAGAACCAGCAAAGGAGAAUGGAUGGGACAAGGCUGAGCAUAUGAACCAGCUAACAGAGCAGAUGGGCCUUCUUACAUCACAAACCAAAGGUGGAUAAUCUUGUGUAUAUCGUACAUGCCUAGUAAUGGGUAACCUUGACUGAUUAACCAGUGUGGUCUUCUCUUGGAUAUCAAGCAGGUACCAGAGAGAAUACAACCCUAUGUUCAGUUUGCACAUACGGGGUCUCUGCUUACAGGAAAUUAUUGCUUUCUUUUUGCUUCCUAACACCCCCCCCCCCCCCCCGCCACCCCCACCAAAUCGCAGCUUGUACAAUGUGAACGAAUUAACAAGCAGUGAAGCUGGAAGAACACAGAGUGGUUUUUUAUGACAAUAUGCGCCAGUUGAUGUCCUGCUCUUGGUAGACUGGUUUUGUUUUGAGGGUUGUCCUGUUAGAUCGGUUAUAGUGGAAGUUGGCCAGAAUUUGUCUUGUCUUUUAGCACCACUCCCCACACUGAGUGGUUUUUUAUGACAAUAUGCGCCAGUUGAUGUCCAGCUCUUGGUAGACUGGUUUUGUUUUGGGGGUUGGCCGGUUAGAUCGGUUAUAGUGGAAGUUGGCCAGAAUUUGUC